AAAGAAUCUAACCUCAGAGAGCAGCGGAGUAAUUCCGGGAAAAGGCGGACUGACAUUUUGUCGCGAGCGUCGCGUCGACCCAGCAGCGUCUGUAUCUGUGUGGACUGGCGCUCGGAGAGGCUGAAGACGGUCGCAUCAUGUCAUCGGAAAGAAACAGCAAAGCCCUGAAGGUGAAGCAGGAAUGCGGUGAGAAUGUUCCCGUCCUGUCGGACAACGAGCUCAUGUCCCUCACGGUCCGAGAGCUGAACCUGCACCUGCGCGGCAUGUCCCGCGACGAGAUCCAGAAGCUGAAGCAGCGCCGGCGCACCCUGAAGAACCGGGGCUACGCCGCCAGCUGCCGGGUGAAGCGCGUGUCCCAGCGCGAGGCCCUGGAGCUGCAGAAGACGGAGCUCCAGAGGGAGGUGGAGCGGCUCGGGGCGGAGAACGCCGGCAUGAGGAAAGAGCUGGAGGGGCUGGGCGCGCGCCUGGCCGCCCUCCAGAGGUUCGCCCGGGGCCUGGAGGCCGGCGGCGGCAACCUGCUCGCCACGGCGCCGCGCCUCAACACGGCGUCGGUCAUCACCAUCGUGAAGAGUCCGCCGCAGCCGCAGCCACAGAGAGAUCAGGAGCCGUCCUAGAAGGAGGUGCUGGACUGGGUGGGAGGAGGAGGAGGGCGGGAGGGAGGACGCACAACCUGCAAUGCAAACACACACACACACACACAUGCCGAAGAACAGGAAAACAAUUUUCGUAGGAAAAUACUAAGCACUUGUCUGCAUUACGCCUCGUUCACGUGUUCAGAUCCCAUAGGAUUUACGUCAGCAGGAGUCCUUCACGCCCGAGCGCCGCCGCCGUCCCCAGAGGCGGCGCCCCGUUCUCCAAAGCAACGGGCAAGGAGAGAAACCCCACCAAGGACCGAGGCGUCCUCCACUAUGCCGGCUCCGAUACUCACUUCAGUGCAUUUGUGUUCCCGGAUGAUGGAGCAGGCAGUCCACACGCUAGCACACAAAACAACAACCUCACACUCAGCCCCGCCCCCAGACAUUGAGCUGGACUCUUGACUGAAGCCGGGCCCACCCAGAGUCACUGGACAUGUUCCCUGGUCAACGGACCCCAGCCCCGACGCUGGUGCUUCCUCUCUGCUCUCUUCCCAACACCGAAAUGCACCGGGUGGAGCGGACACACGCGUGUCCGGUGGCGUGUCCGGUGGUGUGUCCGGCGGCGUGUCCGGCGGCGUGUCCGGCGGCGUGUCCGGCGGCGUGUCCGGCGGCGCUCCUUCUCGGUCCGCUCGUCGUCCUGAAGUUCCUCGCUGCCUCUCGUGCCAGCGGCCUCGUGCGUCUCUGCGAGAAACUUUCCCAAAGUCUGAUUCGCUCACUCGUGUCGGUCAUGAAGAGUUUCUCCACCGUGGUUUCUCUCGAUAUGCAGGUGGGGGGGCGGGACCAAUUACUAUUUGGGGAAAGAAAAACUAAAACAUGUCCAUGCAGUUCAGAGAAGGCGGAGAAGCGCGUCGCGAGUCAAUGAAUUCCUUCCCGUCCACGCGGCGACGUUUCCUUUUCGGAAUGCGGGCCACUACUUCCUACCUGCUCUACGAAAGUAGUUUUGUACUGCGUGUGGACACGUUUCUCACGUCGAUGCAGUGCCUUCAGUGUAUGUCGGAGGGAGAAGAACGCAAACCUCAGAGGGGAGCGGGGUCAAAGAAAAGAAAAACCAGACUGUAAACCGCUCGCUGUCGACCACACAUUUCUUUUUAUGCGGGCUCUCUGAAUCCUCCUGUUCCGAGCUGUCAUCCCGCGUUGCUCAAUUCACAAUCCCUACUGUGCAGUAAGUGUGCUACGGUCUGCUUUUUCUUUUUUUUCCUCUCAUAUCUGCUCAGACUCCCAACAAACAGAUGUUGGUCAUUUUUUUGCUACGAACGUGUAAUAGCGGAGUCGCAUCUGGUAGGAAUUACGUCGAGAGCCGAUGCAAAUCCUCUGCAUACAUUCCCCGUCUUGUGUUUAUUUGUAACGUCUGUCCGUGGCCGUCGAGACGAAAAUGUUUGAGUGACAUUUAUCAAGAGAUAUAUUCUAUAUUUUAUUUGUAUUUAAAGGUAGAUGUUAUGAAAAGACAAGCUAACGAGUGCUGUGAUGUUCUGUGUGUUCAGAAGUACUUACGACUAGUCCGGGGAUAUUCUCAUGUCUAAUUAUUGUGUUGUGUGGCAACGAUGAUUACUUUACAAAAAUGUUAAUUAUUAGCGAUGUAGAAAUAUGCUCAAAGCCAAUGGCCAUAUUGCUGUAUGAUGAUUUUUUUUUUUUUGCGUUUGUUUUGUUUUGUACUGGCUCGUCGUAGUGGAUUCUCGGAGGGAUAUUAUUUUUCUAUGAUGAUUUCGUAUGUUUUUAUUUGUGUGAAAAAGAAAAUUGAGGUCACUUCUGUUAUCGGCCGGUCGGGCAGAUCCACGGGGGGGAGGGAGGGAGGGGGGAUGUUAAAAAAGGAAAACGGUAAAUGUGGAAAGAGCGAUGGGAGAUGAGGUGGAGAAGACAGGAAGGUGGAGGAGGAUGGGGAUGGGGUUGUUGGAACGAUGGAGAAAGGAAAGUAGGCGAGGCGGACUGGGAGAGGAGAGAGAGGUGGCGCUUUAUUCACUUGAAAACCGCCAUCGGUCGCGGGCCCGCUCCGGCCCAGAUGAGCCGAAGCGGGCCGGUUCAGAGUCUAGGCCACUGAGUAGUGCUAGCAAUAUCAUUUAUAAGCAGGCAUCGUAACACAAUAGACUGUGUUGACCAAGAUAUGAGGCGUAUAUAUUUAGCUAUAUGAAUAUCGGUGUGGCAAAGCAUUUAUCCCAAUAUUUUAACGUCUCACAUCUGUCAAACUGUGCUGGAUGUUUUGUAAUACUUGCAAAACAAAAAAAAUGUUUUUUUGUAUUUAUUACUUGUAUUUUUUCUAUUGUGAAAAUUUAAGUACAUUGUCUAUUUUAUAUAUUAAUUAUAAUAAAUGUUGUACAUAUUGUACAUAACAUGGUG